AACUUGGCAUCGAUGUUUUGCCGCCAUCCCUAGUUGAUAGCCAUAGCAGUUUUAGUUGAGCAGCACUUGAUAAAUGUGUAUUUCUCGGAGCUCACUGCAACAAAAUGGAUAACUUAAAUGAAAAUACGCAGGAUAAGAAGCCAAUAAAGCUGGACACAAUUGAUGUGACGCCCAUUGUGGCAGCACUGCUGCUGGGCUUCAUUGUAGUCGCUCUCUAUGUGAUUUUGAGGCGACGCUCAGUUGGCCGGCGUGACUUUCUGCUAACCGGUUUGUGUGAGGCGGGCAAGAGUGCCAUAUUUAUGCAGCUGGUGCAUGACAAAUUGCCGGACACCUUCACUUCGAGCAAAGAGAAUGUCGGCGAAUACGUUUCGGGACACAUGUCCGGUCGUUUGGUGGACAUUCCUGGCCAUUAUCGUGUGCGCGAUAAGUGCUUCGAUCUGUACAAGCGCAAUGCUAAGGGCAUUAUAUAUGUGGUGGACUCGGUGACGGCGCAGAAGGACAUUCGUGACGUAGCAGACUCACUGUACACAAUUCUGUCGGAUAGUGCCACACAGCCGUGCUCCGUGUUAGUGCUGUGCAACAAACAGGAUCAGACAACGGCAAAGAGCGCACAAGUAAUCAAGACUCUGUUGGAGAAGGAACUAAAUACAGUGCGCGAUACGCGUAGCCGUAAACUGCAGUCUGUGGGCGAUGAUGAGGUAAACAAACCGAUUGUGCUGGGCAAACCGGGACGCGAUUUUGAAUUCACACACAUCUCACAAAACGUGCAGUUCUACGAGAGUUCGGCUAAGGAAAAGCAAUUGAGUCACCUGACGGACUGGAUUGAUCGCAUGUUGUAAAUGCUGAUGGACUGAAGAAAUAGUAAAACACCAUGAUAUUUAUAAGCGUUGGGAGUUCGCUUCAAAUGCAUAUUUACUACUUACUACUCUUAGAGUAAAAUCCCGCAACUGUUAAAUCCUUUCAAAUUUGUCGUUCCUUCCUCCUGCUUCCCUGUACUACAUCGAUAUAUAGGUUUAAAUUCAAAUUUUAUAAUUAAAUCUAGAUCUUUUUAAUAAGAUUUAUGAAACAAAA